AUGCUCCUCAUGGAACUGGUAGCAUGUGCCCAAUUCGCCAGACUAGCAGGGACACUAGCUCGACUGGCAGGCUUGGUGGAUCGUUGUGGGAGGCUGAUGGAGGAUCGGAAGGCAUUGACCUCAUCCAAAGCUAAGGCCGAGGCAACUCGGAGGAGGUUCAGUGCUGACGCCGAAGCGGCUGAAGUCAUUUUCGAGGGAGUAGAUAUCGAUACUCCCACGGGGCAUCGUCUAGUUACGGACCUCAACCUCCGUAUCAGCAGAGGGGAUAAUGUCAUUAUAUGUGGCCCGAAUGGUGCUGGGAAAUCUAGUAUUUUCCGGUGCUUGGGUGGUCUAUGGGAUAUUAAGCGAGGUAGGCCAACGAAGAGUUAUAAGUGCUAUGUAUUCUACCUACCCCAGAAGCCCUAUUGUGUUGUGGGCACCCUUUCCGAUAACAUAUGUUAUCCUGAUAGCAACAGACCAGAUGAGGGGCAGCUGGUAUCGUUACUACGCCUGGUUGAACUAUCUCAUCUCAAUGACUUUAAUAGUGUUAUCGAUUGGGAUUCCCGGCUAUCUCUAGGGGAGCAGCAGAGAUUAUCAAUGGCACGACUAUUCUGGCACAGGCCUACCUUUGCUAUCUUGGACGAGUGUACUUCGGCG